UUGGUUGAAGGCUGAAUGAGCGGCGUCUCCACUGACCAGUCAGGUUCCUCCAACGGCUCCGGCGCCCGGCCUGAGGUAAUCAACGGUGGGGAGCCAGAGAAGCGCUCCGAGCUGAGGAGAAUUGGUUCGUGGCGUUUUCUGGGUCGUCGUCUCGCCGCCGCCGCCGCCGUCAUGUUGCAGGGCCCGGAGACCGAGACGGCGAAGCCGAGCUCCAGGAUACUGAAGCCCCCUGGCGGUGGCUCCAGCAAUCUUUUUGGAAGCCCAGAAGAAGUCUCUAUGUCACUGAGGCCACACAGAAUGGCGUCUAACAUAUUUGGAGAAGGUGAAGGAUCACUCAACUUGCCAAAGAGAACAAACCCUCCAGGUGGGAAGGACAGUGGCAUUUUUGAGGAGCAUAAACCUAACCCUUCUCGGCAACUUACAAAUCCACCAGGUGGAAAAGCCAGCAAUAUCUUUGGGUCUUCUCCACAUGCCAGCACUGUCAAAGCACACCCAAACAAGCCCAAGGAUCAUGCUGUAAUCUUAAAUGACAAAGGGGAUUCACUCUUGGGACCAAAACCGGAAGUGAAAGAAGACAAAAAACCCCAGGUGGAAGAUGUGAGUGGAGAACUGCAGAAGAAGAAUACCAAGGAGCCUGGACACAAGAUAGACAAUCAUGAGCCCAGACUGGGGCCACGGCCACGGUCACACAACAAAGUUCUUAAUCCCCCUGGAGGCAAAUCCAGCAUUGUAUUCUAUUAGAAAAUGCCACUCUCUUUUUCCCUAAUGGAGUCAGCACAGAAACAUGUUCCACGUUUCCAAGGUCUUGGUGCAUCAGGAAGGAGGCAUUUAGUGGUUUGUCUUAUUCGACGGUCUGGCAGAAUUUAGCUUGAGCAUUUCUGUUUGUUUCCUUUUUUAAUGAUACAGAUCAGUCCUAAGCAAAGCCUUUGAGCCUGUAUAUUUUUGCUGCUUUCUGACCAUGGUUAAUGAAAAAAAUCCUGUAAGGAGUUACAGUGCACAUUCCUACUGAAGGUAGAAUAUUAUUUUAUUAAUACUCAGAUUAGGUAAUAUAGCCUUGAAGAAAUUUUACCUGUGCUUGAUAGCGCAGGGGCUACUCUAAAUACAACCAAAGGCCAAACUGUAACCUAGAGUUGCCUCUUUAUCUUGUUAUAGAAACUGGGGGAGGAAUAGACACCUUUACCAUUCAAGAGGAGUAAUAGCGAAAACAAAGUUGAGCAAGAAUUAACUUUCUGGAACAGUCUCAAACGCCUUGACUUUCUGGUUUUUACCUGGGAAUUUAAAGACGAUGUGAGUUGAAUGAGAAAGGAAAGAAUAUUUGCAGUUGUGGAUGACAUGUAAUAGUGGAAGGAACUUUGCCAGACCACUCUUGUGCAGAAGUAGAUCUCGAAUCUUAUCGAACAAAGUGGUUAACAACCGAGGAUCAGCCCAAUCCAUGCUUUGCAAACGGAAGCUGCUUUUGCUUUGUGGUGUUUCUAACAUCCAUUGGAAUAUUAAUCCCCUUAUGCCCUACAAAAGCUUCUAGUUUUUCCUAAUUCUUUGCUGACUCCAUUAGACCUAUUUAUCUUCCCUCCCUAAGAGCCUUUGAUUACCUCUGAUCACUUCUGCUUAUCCUCCAGCAGUAGAGAUACCAGGUCUUCCCUGCCCCUGCCAUGACAGGACCUGUACAUCUAAAUAUACAGAGCGAGACUGUUCCCCCUCCCCUUUCUUUGGUAGUCUUCAACAUAGCAAAACUGGAGUUCUCACCAUGCCAGCCAGGGGAGACUUGGGGUAAGUAGUAUUUUGGCUACAGCCCUACCCUUUACACUCAAAGGUAUAGAUAAAAUUUCUAGGAAAAACUUGGCAGUCCUAUCUUGAGCCACAAAUUAUUUCAUGAACUAUCUGCCUUGAAAUUCUUCUGCUUUUUUUCCUUUGUUUCUCUUAUCUCAUCAGGAAGGAUGCCAGGAUUUUUUGCAAUACAAGAACUUACAUUGCACUGGUUGUUUAAAUUUGUUUCUAAUUACUUGUAUUAUCUUUCUUAAUUACACUACAUAGGUCAGGGGUGGAAAUGACUAAAGCAGGAGUCAAGAGUCUCUAGAUGUUUGGGACCUCAAGUCCCAGAAACUCACGCCAGCGUAGCCAAAAGUGUGGGAUUGUGGUAGUUGUAGUCCAAACUGUUUGGAGGACCAAGUGUUCCUUGCUAAAAGGGAGGGGCCUUAAACUUUUUUUUUUGGAGGGAGGGAAAUGAAUUCCCCAUGAACUGAAUGGUUAGAUUCGUCAUUUGUCAAAAUCCAAGUGAUUAGACUUAACAGUGGCUUGCCUUUUGUCUCCACAAUGUAUGUGUGUUCAGGCACACCAAAGAGUUAGUGGCCUUUCUUGCAUUAUAGCUCCCAGUGCAAGGAAAAAACUCCAAAUUCAUUUAAACUGAUUCCAAGAAGUAAGCUUUAUGUCAGACAUUUUUGAAAAAAAAAAGAGUUCUGUUGAAGUGUUAGAUGAAAUGUUGUGCCUUUUUUUAAUUUAAAAGCUAGUUUCUGCUGAGGAGAGUAGGAUAACAAUAGUUCUUCACUGCCAAUCACUUUUGAACAUUCUUUGUUCAUAAUAAGUGCCCUUCCCCCACUCUGCAGUGGACUGGCUGGUCAUGGACACUGAGCCUUAACAGUUAUUGGUCAUUAUUCCACAGCUGAAUGGAAAAUUCUGCCAGCAUAGUAACAGGUUCCCAUAGCACAGACAGCAAUUUUCAUGAGGAAAACCUGCCCUCCACUUGGUCUGUGGCAUAAUAUUGCUUUGCUGUUCUGGUGGACUUCCCAUCAGCAGAAGCGUAACAAGAUAUUUCCUGUUAUGUUAAAAGGAUCAACAUGGGAACAAUUGACCAAAGCCUGCCCCUCUUUUCAUUGUGUUUUUGGAGUUUCUUCUUCCCAUCUAAAGCACUGAGUUUGGACUAUCUGAGCAUGAAUUAAGGUGUUUUUUAUCAGUGCCUCUGUUUCAGCUACGAGAUCAACUAAGCCUUGAACGGAUUUAAUUAAGUAUCUCUGUGCCAUUUUUCUUAAGGGAUGGCUGGGAGCAGAAUGUAUCUAGAAACAAUACAAUACUUUUCAGGGGCUAAUGAAGCUCAACUGUCAUGUAUCAUGUACUGCUCAAUAAACAGCUGUGUUUAGUUCAUUCUGAUGCAGUUGAUAGAUCUUCA